AUGAUGUUACACAAAGAAUCUUCCAUAGACGAAAGAAGCUGUUCCUUAAGUCCGGAUGAUCAGCUGGCAGACGUGGGAUUCCAAGUCAAUGACACAACAGCUGUGUUGGAUCAUGCUAUGAGAAUUCUCUACGAUAGGGGCGACAAAACUCAUGAACUGGCAGACAAGACAGGCCAACUUAAGGGAUCGGCUCAAGGAUUCCGCCGCGGCGCGAACCGUAUGCGAAAGCAACUAUGGUGGAGGGAUAUGAAAAUGCGUAUUGGCAUUAUUCUUGCAAUUCUUAUUCUGUUGUCUAUUAUUAUUGCUACUUCAAGUGAGUGUAAUGACCCUACAAAUAUGUCAGUGUAUCUCUAA